CACAACAACAACAGAAACAUGGCGGAGAUCAGCGGCUUCCAGAGCGGCUUCAGCGGAUACAGCAGCGAGCAGAUCAUGGAGAUCCUGGAGGACGAGGAGAAGCUGACGAGCAUAGCGAGAGACAGCGGAGAGAUGCAGGAGAUGCAGCAGAAUAAAGAGCUGAUGAUGGCCAGCAAUCGCAGUCUGGCGGAGAUGAACCUGAACCUCCAGCCGGACCUCGACCACCAGAAGAUUCAGCUCACCAAGCGCUACUGCUGUUUACAAGAGCUGCACGAGUCCUACCAGCUGCGCAGGAGCACGCUAGGAAGCAGUUCUCUAGACACACUACUGGCUCUCCUGCAGACCGAGGGAGCGAAGAUCGAGGAGGAGACCGAGAAUAUGGCGGAUUCAUUUCUGGAUGGCUCCAUGCCGCUAGACAGCUUCAUUGAUGACUAUCAGAGCAAGCGAAAGCUGGCGCACCUGAGGAGAGUAAAGAUCGAUAAACUGCAGGAGAUGCUGCUGAAGGGUGUCCAUCUUCCUCAUGGAUCCUCAAAUGAACAUCAGGAGAGUCUGAACUCCUUCCAGAGGCUCUCCAAUGGAUCUCCAGCUCAUGCAAAACCCACGUCUCAGGCGUCUGCUAGUCCAUAUGCCAAUCUGCCAAACGCCAUGCCAUCAUCAUAUUCAUCUGCAUAUCCUCAAGGACCCGGCUCGGCUCUUCCAGGCUUUAUACUGUAAUGAUGCUCCUCAGACCUGAAGCUCUCCACUAGAAUGUGAAACAUCUUUUCCUCUUUCUUUAGAUGCACUUUUAUCUGAAACAGGUUUGGGUUUCUGUUUUGCAGGUCCACACUGAAUCUGUAGGGCUUUUUGCACACUUGAAAAAGUUAACCCCGGGUCAUUAUUCUAAACCACUGCUGAUAAUGGAGACUUUCCACAUGUGUGUGUGUUUCUGCACAGCAGAAGUGGUCGUAGUGUGUAAAGUCUAGUAAAACUGGGAGAGAACAACAAAUCAUUAUUCUACAAUCCUAUUAGCUGAAAUAAUGACAGAGAAACUCCAGGAUGGUGUUAUCAAGACUUUCA